GCCUUCUGCGCCCCCUCAGAGCGCAUUGAGUGAGGGGGUCCCGGCGGAGCCGCCCCCUCCUCGCCCGGCAGCGGGACGGCUCGGGCGCAGGUUGUGUACGAGGUAACUGGAGUAGCCCACAGGCCGGCGGGGUUCCGCGGCUCCGGUCCCGCACCGGCUGGGCUGUGCUGGACGGGAGUGGCACCGAAAGACCACCGGGAGCGGCGGUGUUCCCGCAGGUUCACCGCUCCGGAGGUGCCUGGUACCGCAGGGAUCACCCGGCUCCCGCAGAAGAUUUUGAUCCUGGGUAGAAGCCUCUUCUUCAUAUGUCAGAACUCUUCCUUUGAACUUUUAUUUUAGUAGUGCUUCUAAGAAGAUGUCCAGUGCAGAUCCCCUCACAAAUACAGAGAAGGAGACCAUCAUGGGCCCUCAUGGAAUUAAUCGAGCUGUUCACCGCAUCUCUUUCUCCGAUUGCCAGAAUGGAUUAGGAGUUAAAAUUAUUGGAGGUUAUCGGGCACAAACAGCAGAAGAUUAUGGGAUUUUCAUAAAGAGAAUUCUACCUGGGGGGGUGGCUGCCGUAGAUAGCCGUUUGCUCACUGGGGACCUAAUUCUGGAUGUCAAUGGAGAAAACCUGGUUGGAGUAACAAAUGAAAGGGCUGUUGACAUCUUGAGAACAGCAUCAGCCUCUAAUCACAUGUCUCUGCUCGUUGCUAGAGAUGAAGAAGCAAAGAAAGAAUUUCAUGACCUAAUGGAUAAGUAUGGCUCUCACAGUGACACAACAUCUGCAAGAACUUCUCCAACACAUCAGUUAGCUGCAAAAUCUAGAGACAGCCUUUCUUCUGGGUCAUCCUCAAGGUCACAGAGUCCUCAGUUGCAUCCGAAGGAUAACAUCAGCAGCAGCAGCAGCAGAAAUUCUGUCCCACCACCAUCCCCAAAGCUUCCAAAUGACAGUGCAUUUCAGAUUAUCUCUGUUUGCAAAGGAACAAGCCUAGGUUUGAAUAUUGUGGGAGGAAUUAACAGAAAUGAAGGGCCUUUGGUAUAUAUUCAAGAAAUUAUCCCUGGUGGUGAUUGCCAUAAGGAUGGACGAUUGAAACCUGGGGAUCAGCUUGUGUCCAUCAACAAGGAGUCCAUGAUUGGAGUCUCCUAUGAAGAGGCAAAAAGCAUAAUCAACAGAACAAAGAUGAGGUUUGAAAAUUUUUGGGAGAUAGCUUUUAUUAGGCAGAAAAACAUACCUAGCCUUCCACAGAAUCUGCAACAUCCUUUCAGCCUCUUAACAUCUUCUGUAGCACAUGGAGAGCAAGAGGCUGCACCACUUGGUCCUCUUCCCUCUCCUAGUGGGAGGCUGGCUUCAGCAUUCCCUCCAGAUGCUAUGGAAACUGGAGUCAAGAUGGGAGAGCAAUCUCCAAUUACUGCUCUAGACAGCAAUCCUGCUGAUGUGUCUGCCACGGUUACUGCCCCCAGCCAGAAUGAUGAUUAUGAGCUCCAAGGAAAGAACUUGAGUAUUCAUCUCAAAACAGAAAAGCUGGAGAGGGCACUGAAUUAUCUUGGGAUUCAGCUCACAGAUGAACAGCAGCAAGCCCUAAGGCAGCAACUUCAUAAAGAUUCUAAAGGAACAGUAUCUUUUGGAGAUUUUCUUGAAGUUUCAAGGAAUCUGUUGUCUGUGCAAUCAAAUUCAACUGAUAAUGGCCACAAAUCUGAAACCUUUGGGAUCAGUGAAGUUGCCAGCUUACAGGACUCACAGUUUGUAACCUGUGAUUCCUUAGAGGAUGAUGUGGAAAAACUUAAGAAAGAAAGAAAUGAAGCUUUAAAAGAAAUGAGCAAAUUAAAGGAAGAAUUGUCUGAAUCUGUGAAUUUACAGAAGCAGUUAGCAGAGCAGCUACAAGUAGUCAAGCAAGAAGCCAAGGCAGCUGUGGAGGAGAGCAGAGCCCUGCGCAGCAGAAUUCACCUGGCAGAGGCUGCUCAGAGGCAGGCCCGGGGAAUGGAGAUGGACUAUGAAGAGGUGAUUCGCCUGUUAGAGGCUGAAAUUGGAGAGCUGAAGGCUCAGCUCGCUGAGCAUUCCGGCCAAAAUAAAGAGAACAUUCAUGACUUGAGAAAGAGGGUUACAGUGCUUGACUGCCAGCUGCGGAAAUCAGAGUCGGCCAGGAAGACAUUUGAGGUGGCCACUGAAAAAUUGCUACAAUUUGUAGAGGUUGUGCAUGAAAUACUUUCAGAUAACUCUACUUCUUCAACUAUUUUAAGUGACAGGAGAACAUUGUCCACUAAAGCACUUCUGGCUCGGCUGGGAAGGGUCGGACCUACUGUCACAGCAGCUCUUGCAGCAGAAGCCAGGGACCUUGCCAAGUCUGUCCGUGCCAUUUUGGAAGUAGAUUGUCUGCCUUAUGGAUGGGAAGAAGCUUAUACAGCUGAUGGAAUCAAAUAUUUUAUCAACCACGUGACCCAGACAACGUCCUGGAUCCAUCCGGUCACCAGCGCUCUGAGCCUGCUGUGCUCCCAGGAGGAGGAGGAUGGCAUCGGAGACCUCCCCGGGCCCAGGAGCUGAGGACAGCUGUGCACAGAGAGUAUUUGUCUGGUUUUAGUCCCUUAGUGAGCAGAUGCACAGGUUUUAGUCUACCUGGUUCCUAGUGUGAUGUAGGAGUACCUGGUGACGUUUCUCCUCAGCAAGCUGGAGGAAGUUCUGCUGGUUUUGAGAUGGGUUUGUUGAUGUGUGCUACAAAGGAUGCAGGUGCCACAGGAGUGGGGCAAUCUCACCUUAGGGCCCAGUCCCAUCUUUACAUGAUUUCCCCACAGACCCAUAACUUCCCUGACCUGAAGCUGAAUUUUCCAGAUCAGCUGAAAUUUUCACAGCUCUGAGCAAUAUGAGAUUUAAGAUGGGACCACUGGUGGUAGAUUCCAGCUGAC